AGAUACUCCAUGCAGGUAGUCAUUUGGGAGGAUUUUUACAUGACACGCGGCUCUUGCUAACUCUCGUUCCAAUGAAAUCGGCUGAGCUGAUCUCAUGGAACCAGUACGUACUUUACAUGGAGAUAUCAGCUCCCAAUGCGGAGCUCAGACACUGAUAUGUGCCCGAAUUGUGGGUUGUGUGUAUGUGCCUAUUGUCAGUUACAUUCUGCCCGGUGCUGCUUCUUCUUCUAUUCUAGAUUGGCAUAUCAAGAGACAAUCAGGGCUGGCUGGAUGCUCUAAUAUAUGUAAUCCUGCAGUGAGGUAUUGGACAACGGACAGGCAACAGGGCCAACGAGAACGCCUAAAAUCUCAGUCUGUGUAUAUAUUCUUAGGCUAAUCAUAUGAAAGUAAGCGUAGUUAUUGUGGUAUACCGCUAACUUAUUUCCCAUCUGUGGCGUAAAAUAUAAGUCCAGUAACUUCCGACGAAGACGGAAUGCAC